UUGAUUCCACUGGCUUCUUAUGAUUUUAGGGAUUUUGGAGUAAUUUGAUUUAUGGCUGAAAACUCAAAUCGGGUCAAGUUAUACUUGUUCAAGCUGAUUCUGUAGUUAUUGUAUUUGGUAUUUAGCUGAUGUUAUGUGUGACUCUUGUUGUGGAUUUUGUAAUAAUAUUGAACUUAGUUUGAUAUUGUUCAUAUUUCUUGGUGGGGUGGUAUGUUUGGGGCUGUGGUGUAGAGGGUUGAAAGUUGGUACAUAUUUGGUAUUUCGUUGCUGUUUUGUGCAAUUCUGUUUGUGGGUUUUGUAAAAGUUUUGAACUUGGUUUGAUAUUGUUCAUAUUUCUUCUUGGUGGGGUGGGGUGGUAGUUGGAAAAAUGCCCGAGGGAAUAACAGCCGAGGCUCUGAUGAGCAAUAUCAUGGAGACGUUUUCAGAUAGCGCAUCAAAAAACAAAUCUGUGUCGUUCUUUGAAGAGGAGAGGUCGAAUUCUGUAACUUAUCGUUUCAACAGAUUGUUUGGGCGCGAAAAGCCGGUCCACCAUCUUUUAGGAGGUGGAAAAUCUGCUGACGUGCUGCUGUGGAGGAACAAGAAGAUCUCAGCCGGUGUUCUAACUUCUGCCACGGCUGUUUGGGUGCUUUUCGAAUGGCUGAAUUACAACUUCCUUACACUCAUGAGCUUCGCUCUGAUUCUCGGGAUGCUCGCUCAAUUCGUCUGGAAGAAUGCUUCCGGCUUCCUGAAUAGAUCCCCAUCUAAGCUGCCUCAUCUUGUUUUGCCCGAGGAGGUCUUUGUCAACAUCGGCAAGGCGAUAGGAUCUGAGGUGAAUCAUGGUUUGAGAUUCUUGCAGGAUGUUGCCUCUGGAGGAAACAUUAAACACUUUCUAGCGGCUAUUGCUAGCUUGUGGGCUGCUGCCGUAAUAGGAAGCUGGUUUAAUUUCUUGACCGUGAUAUACAUCGGUUUCGUUGCUGCCCACACAUUGCCCAUCUUGUACGAGAGAUAUGAUGACCAAGUUGAUGCGUUCGUCUACAACAUGCUCGGGCAGCUCCAGCAGAACUACCGGAAGCUGAACUCCGGUGUCCUCAGCCGAAUCCCCAAGGGCAAGGUGGUGAGGGCAAAGAAGGCUGAGUAGAUCUUGAAGCCACAAGGCAUGAUUUCUACUUUGAAUAACAUAUAUCUCUGUUAAUUCCUACUUUUGUAUUCCAAGUUUUUAUACAAUGUUUAUUUAGUUAUAGAAUGUUUGGAAAUAUUAUUUGGAUUUGGUGACCAGACAAUGUUGGAAUGAUAAGUCGUUAGAUAGUUAAAUGUGAAGAAGCUAAAUUGCUGUUU